AUUCUGCGCGAUGUCAACCAAGUGAGCCAGGCUGAGUUCAUUCGCGGCAAUCGAUGCAUCUUUUCUCCCGAACCGGUGGAAGCUUAACAUGAGCUGCGAAAUGCCUCUGAAGUUCGUGACCUCAACCAGAGGUAGGCCAAUGCUUUGUGUGGGAGGUUUUGUCUUCCGCAAAGACCGAAGCACGCUUGAUAAGACAACGUGGCGUUGCGAGGAGGAAACUUGUCGAGCUCGCAUCAGCACCGCGGACGGCACUCAUAGUGAUCCACCUGAACACAUGCACGCCCCGGAUUCAGUCGGAAUCGAUGUCCGCGAGAGAUUAGAUUGCCUACGUAAAUCUGCGGUUCAGAAGACCUACGCGAAGUCGACCGCGUUGGUUGCCGCAGCUGUCAGCGAGGUCAGCUCACGCUCGACGCUGGGCAGUUUGCCGAGACCAGACCUACUCCGAAGACAGGUCUUGCGCGCGAGAAAACGAGAAUAUUCCCCGAUGCAUCCGACGAACCCCUUACGAAGAGAAGACUUGGUGAUUCCAGAUUUUUUGAAGAUGACCACCAAAGGUGACCCCUUUUUACUGUACGACUCUGGGGAAGGGGACUGCGAAAGGAUGAUAAUCUUCGCCACCCCCGAUAAUCUCGAGCUACUGAAGACAUGCGGCGAGUGGUUCUUAGACGGAACCUUCAAAGUUUGCCCCCUGAUUUUUCAUCAGAUGUACAGCGUCCUCGUGAAGAUUUCCGGCUCUCACAAAACUGUUCCCGUCGUGGAUUCCUUGAUGCCGGGGAAAACAUCGAGAACUUACAGACGAUUUCUGACAAUCCUGACCAGCUUCCUCGAUGACUUUCGGCCAGAGAGCCUUUGGCGCCACAUACAAGCAGACGCCACGCUCCGUGAUAAAUAUCUGCGGGAAAAUGAUUUCUCUCUGGACGUCCGUAUGUUUGCCGCAAUCGCCUUUGUUCCGCUAGGCAACGUACAGACUGCUUUCGAAACCUUGUUAGAAUCCGAAUUCGUCCGAGAGAAUAACUAUAUCCUCACCAAUUUCAUUAAUUAUUUCGAAAAUACAUGGAUAGGUCGUCCUCGCAACCCGGCACUUAUGAAACCUCAAUGGUGGAAUGUUCACGAAGCGACGCUUUCCGGGCAAGGCCGUACCAGCAAUGAGAUUGAAGGAUGGCACGCAGCGUUCGCGGGCAGAGUGGGUGUUAGUCAUCCGACAUUUUUCAAACUCACGGAGCAAUUGAGAUUCGAGCAAGCCUUGACCGAGUAUGCAGUGAUCAAUUUCCGUGCGAAUGGCUCGGAAACUCAACCGAAGAAGAAGUAUCGAGAUCGCCAAAAGAGACUUCUGAAAUUGACAUCGUCGUUCGACAUCCGCAGAACGAUGCAGUUCUUGAAUUCAGUGGCCGGAAAUAUAUCAUUCUAG